AUGGCUGUGUACUCGAAGCUUGCAAACGGCGAAUACGCUCACGCAACUUCGGCGGGCUGUCUUACUUCAGGAAUAGCAGCGCAGUACUUGUUCGAAGUAGCGAGGCACCUCUCCAUCGCUCAUGACGCUCGACUGCGGUCACAGGACGCGAACAAGCGUCGUCAGCGAAUCCAGGCAUCAACAUAA